AUGGAAAAAGCGGGAACGACUGGAGAGCCGAAGCCGUUGCAGCGCUCGAGACGGCACGCGAGCGCUGACCGGAUGAGCGGUUCCCAGGUCGCCAUAGAGACGGCUAGCGCGAACGUGAGGUCCACGAUCCUCUGGUCCCUGUUGAGCAAAGUGAUCAGCUUUGCACUGCGUACGCUUUUAGCGCGCCGGUUUGGGCCAGCUGCGAUAGCGUUCUCGGACGUGUACCUGGGCUUGUCGGUCGCAGUUGCACUCUGGCCUGCCCGGGAGGUAGUACGGCGCGUCGUGUUGCAGCGCCCCGAGUUCGCUCAACGACGCUUCUGGUUUUGGAUGAAUAUCUUCUGGUGUGUCAUCGUCUUUGUUGGCAAUGAUGCUGCGUUUCGGAAGAGAGCUUCAGCGAAAAUCAGCUCCGGACCCGUGGACAUGGCGUACGCAUUCGUCGGAGCCGGAGCCCUGUUAGAGGCAUCCAUAGGCGAAUGGCUCCAUGUACAGUGUUUGUUGCACGGCGACGCUGGGGCACUCGCAGGGCGUGCACGAGCGGACGGCCUUGCGGCGCUUGCGCAGCAUCUAUCUGCGGUAUCGAUUGCCUAUGUGACUGGCGAUGAUGCACUGGGCGCUGCAUUGGGGUGGUUUGCACAGAGUUUCGUCCGGGUAGUUGUGCUGGCGCAUUCCUGGCUAAGUUUUCAGAGGCGUCUCGGGUCGCGAAAGAGACGACGCCAAGCGGAUCAGAGGCGGGAUACGGACAGCCGACGGCUAUGGCUACAUGCGUCGUUCCAUGCUGCGCUCAAGUUUUUGGCGUCCGAUGCAGAGAACGUGUUUUUGGCUUUCUCCACGCGCCUCACAGCAGAGCAGAUUGGAGCUUAUAAGAUAACUGGAAAUUUGGCGUCGAUGGUGCUGCGGCUCUUCUUUUUUCCGCUGGAGGAGAGCGUCUGCGUCCUGGCAGCCCGCACCGCCAGCGAGAAUGAUCCAGCUCAGCUCGUCGAGGCAUAUCGUUUCGCGCAAGACGCACGGCUUUGUGCGAUUCUCCUGGCGAUUCUACUUUCGGUGGUCGGCCCUGUCUACGUUCCGCUGUUUUUGGAGAUUGUCUACGGAAAACGAUGGCUGCGAACAGCAGCGAUUCAUGGAGCGCCGGUCGCGAGGCUCCUGGCCUGGCAUCUACGCUCACUCGUUGCCGCAGCACUGUUUGGAACGACAGACGCAUUGCUCACUACAGCAGUUUUACCGCUACUCUCAUCGGGUAUGCUCCUAACGCAUACCGUGUGCAAUGCCGUGGUUUCCAUCGGCUUUGUCGCCGGCGUGCGCUGGGCUGCCAUCCACACUGGAGAUCCGCUGCUUUUGAUUGCAAACAAUGCUAUCACCUUACUAGUGCGAGCUGCACUCGCCACCGCUAUGGUCCGAAUCGCCCUGCAUCACGCCGAUGGCCGGGAUACGACACGAGCAUCGUGUGCGCCAUGGCCCAGUGGCAAGGUGCUGCUCGCUACGACCAUAUGGGCGAGCACCGCCCAUCUCCUGGUAUCUCGGACGCUGGUCGGUGCCAGGACAUGGAUCCCUUCGGGUUCGUUGAGCCUCUGGACGCUUCUCAUGUCGAUGCUCUGGAUUUGGGCGGUACUGAGUUCGCAUCGAGACGCUUUGAGGCGCGUCCUGAUCGGGUCCCGAGCCAAGACGCAGACACGUGCGUCCUUGGCAAAGGUUGCGCUCGACUAG